AUGACCGCUGGGCGGGUGACUCACCGCUCCAGAGCCCGGCCCGAGUCUGGGACUAGGGAUUCUCGUCACCACCGGCACUUCCACGUGUGGGAAGGCUCUCCGAAGAGAUUAGCCGGUUACACCCCUAAACUGCUGAUGCUGGCAACUGCAGUUGGCUCGUUUGUGGCAUUUCGAAAUCACAUGCAUCCUUUGUACUGCUGCUCACUCACAGAUAAUGAAAGUUCCAAGAACUGUGAUUGCAUCAGCAGUAAGAGCAGCAAUAGGGAUGUUUCUGGUAGGCUUGAUUCAAGGCUCAAAUCCAUACCGACCGUGGCUGACAGAAUGGACAUGUCUCUGAAAGACAUCAUUAAGCUGAACAAGAUCCAGCAAGGACAUCACGGCAGGCCUGACUCCCGGGUGAAUCGAGGCGCUGGGCCUAAGAGGUACCAGACCGCCAUCACCCAUGGCGGCAGGAACAGGCUGGCACCAUACCGCAGAUCAAAACAACUUCCAGACAAGUGGCAGCAUGACCUAUUCAUUGGUGGCUUCAGGGGUGGAAACCGCAUGGAUACUGGUGGGAAGCUGCUCCUNUCAAACCUGCACUUCGGAGUAUCAGAUGCUGAUAUUCAGCAACUCUUUGCUGAAUUUGGAACGUUGAAAAAGUCUGCUGUGCACUACAAUCCCUCUGGACGAAGUUUAGGGACAGCACAUGUGCACUUUGAAAGGAAAGCAGAUGCCCUGAAGGCUAUGAGAGAGUACAAUGGCGUCCCUUUGGAUGGCCGCCCUAUGAACAUCCAGCUUGUCACCUCACAGAUUGAUACACACCGAAGACCUGCACAAAGCAGAAACGGGGGCGGCAUGACAAGGAACCCUGGCUCUGGAGGGCUUGAGAAUACAGGAACAGGAAGAGGGACAAAAAGAAAGAUAUUAAGCAUUGACACAGAUGCAGAAGUGGAUGCUCACAAUCAUCUAUUGGAU